AUGCCCGGGGCAACAUUUUCCGAGAGACGCCCAAAGCGGGCCCGCCACAAAAGCAGCAUUGAUGAUUUCCAGGAGACGUUGACCGAGGCUGGCUGCCAGCAAAGGGGAAACACAGAAGAGAGGGACUACCUCAUUGGCGAUCAAUUCGAAUUCCGGAACAGAAUGGAAUUGAAGCUUGGCCUGGAUGACGAACUGUGCCAAAAGUUCAUUGACGGUCUGUGGGAGCAUUUGGAGGAUCCUGAGGCCUUGCUGAAUGCCCUUAUGCCCAUGAACAACUGUCUUCAGGGAGUGUACAGCACUGGCGACAGCUUCCUGCGGGUACUCAUGGGUGUCGGGGUGCUCAAGAACAACAUCUGCUUCACACUUCUUGAAAGACUGGCAGAAUAUGGCAGCACCGAUGGAGAGAACUCUGUUCCCCGCCUGAUCCUGGGGCAACUGAGAUGGCUUGAUCAUGCUGGUGGCUCACAUGACCUUGUGGACAAAGUGUUUGAGGUGAUGCCAGCAUGUUCAGGGGAAAUCCAGAGGUCACUUGUGGAGUUGCUGCCGGAAAUUGUCACCAGUGAUGACCACGAGCGACUGGUGGACUUCCUGGAAAACAUGAUCCACGAAGACAGUGCCUUCAUUAUGCCUGCUGCCAAUGCAGUUGCUGAAUUGGGCCUUUCAGAGAAGUUGCAAGACAAGGCCAUACGAAUGUUGCUGCAAUACAUCCAAACUGUGCCCCUCGAAGAUCUGCCUGACAUUGUACUUUUCUUCCUGCACAAUGCAAGCCAGGGCAAUGUGACAAAGGUAAUUGAAGAAUGGCGUGCCAACCUGCACUUUGCUACACCAGUGGAUCCGCGGCUCCCAGUCCAUGAUCACAAGGGCAAGGCUCCUGUGCAGCUUGCCAGCUCUGACUCUGAAGCGAAGUUGAUGGAGUGCAUGAAAGCGGCCCUGAGAGGGGCACCAUUGGUGACAGACGCCAUCCUGGCCAUCCUAAAAAAUCUGCCUCCUUCAGGCCUACGAGUCAUAGACUUUUGGUGGUUGAUGCUCAUUCACUCCCUUGGGGGAGGACAUGGGACAUCUGCAGGAAGGCUGCUGAAGCGAAAACUGGCUGGCGGCAGAGUCAGCCUGUGUUGGUUUGCAGAGAGCAUUGUUGGCCACCAGAAUGCUCUGUGGGGCAUAGCACCCAGCCUGAUGGCCAUUGCCAAAUUACUGUGCCAAGACAUGGAAGAGCCUCUCCAAAGAUCUGGAGCACAUCUCUACAAGCUCCUGUUUUGCGAGUUCCACCGCUCAUACCACCGCCAGGAGGUUCUUCAUGCGCUGCAUGGGCACAUUGGCUCUGGUGAAGAGAAGGAGAUCACAGCUGGGUUAACUGUUCUUGAAGGCAUUGCAACCACCCACGUCAGCUCACUGGUGCAGUUUAGUGCCUACCUUGCAAACAUCCUGGACUACAUUGAGAGGUUUGAUGAACAUCAGUUGCGAUUGGUCUUUCGUGUUUUUUUCCUGGUCAUUACUGGUGCACCUCCCUCUGGCAAUUCUAUGGGGCCCUCAGGUGUUGGUCGACUCGGAGACCAGGUGUCCAUCACCAUCAGAAAGUGCCUAGAUAGCCCUGGCUUGAUGCACAGACGUGUGGGGAUUAUUGGCACAGUUGCCAUGGCUACCUGCAAGCUGCAGACGGGAUCUACUGCCUGCAAUUCUCAAGAGAACAUGGAUCCCGACAUCUGUGAAGCAUGGAAGGCCGUGGAAGACUUGUUUGAGACCUGGAAAUAUAGGGCCCCUGUGCACUGCCUUGCCCUCCUGUUUGAGGAAUUGGCCCAUGCACUGGAGGACGGUUUGUUGCUGCCAAAGACUGCGCUGCUGAGUCUACAGAACACAGUGGAGGAGCUAUUCUCUUCAACCUUCCUCAUGGACCUUGACUGGGACACCCACGACAAGGGUCUGCCACAUGAAAUGUCCAAUGUCGACCUUUGUGGAAUUGGCACCUUUGACUCAGAGCUUUGGCUCAACCUUGAUGGCAGCAAGUCGUCAAUCUGUGUGAAGAUGUGCAGCAUGCUUGCGUCAGUCGAUUCACAAGAACGAUCAGCUGUGGCGUGGUUGUGCCCAGCUCUGAGGUUGCUGUCACGGCUACAGAUCUGCCAGGAAGGCAACCUGGAUGGCAUCGAUGGAGUGCUGGGUUGUCCCUUGCAGAUGGUUCCCCUUGAAUGGGCCAUCAAUGUGGGGUGCCUUGCUUGUGCACAGCAGGAGCUUGUUGUGAACUGUUUAUUCUUUGGCAUUGCAUGGCUGAGGGAGGUGGUGGCUGCAUUUGGACCCCAUUCUCAAGGACAUAGUGGGAUAACUACUGAUGGCGCCUUCGAUUUUGGCCCCAAGAUUUUGAGCCGCUUGCACCAGCUCCAACAACUUCAAGCUGUUCUUGAAGAUGUGCUGACAACAUCACCUUCGUUGACUAAACUGCCAAACAUGCAGGGUGUGCUGAAUGGUGCUCAGCGAGUAGGAGCUAAGUCAGCAGGAAGGAAGGCAGAUGUGUGUGGCAGCAAGUCUACACGUCUGGAGGGACAGACAAAGAGUUUGCUGGGGCAGGCGAUGUACCGUCACUUUCCAUGGGAGGUUCUCCAUGCCAUUGCCAAGAGUGAUCUGACAUCCAAUCUGCCUCUUUCGGUUCCUGGAUGCCUGUACCUCAUCCUGGAUGUCAAGUCGCAGAUUGGUUGCCUGAUCGACAAAAAGGGAAUGAAGCAAGGAGGGAGAGCUUGGGCACAGGCUGCAUUGUCAGAGAUUGGCAAGUGUGCAGCAUCUGUCCGAAGGCUGACUGAUGUUGCAGUCCAUGUUGCAAAGCGACAGAAAAGAAAUGAAAGAGGCAAAAACCUGGAACCGAACCAAGCGAAUGCUGCCAACAGUGCUGGCUUAGAUGUUCUCAGCAGACUGCACAGUGCAGAAGCAGCUACGGGUCUGGAAAGAUGUUCUCUGAGUGUUGCUCGCACUUGCAUCAACUGCUUCUCCACAUUGCUCCGUGCUGGCACGGCUGCUGCCAUUGAAGAUCCUCUUGCCCUUGUGGACACUCUGCAUGGUGCAAACUCGCCAGCCUCCAUGAGCGUACGCUGCUCUGAGCAGAGCAGGAAAUCUUGUGGAAGAUCAGACAUCCAGAAGGUGGUUGAAGAAGGGCACAAGGCCAUGGACUACUUGAUGGAAUUGUUGCAGUGUUUUGAGUGUGAGCUGCAAGUGGAGGUUGAGCUUCUCAGGGCGAUGAAGGCUCUUGUGGGGGCACUGGGGCAGACAUCCAAGCAAGCAGGAGAGUCCACAGGCCCCACUGCAGCACAGCAGAUGGCGGACAAAAUGAGACACGAUGUGUUCCUAGCCACUGGGGCAGUCCUUGAACAUGAGGGCUAUGACUGGAAAGGCCAUAACAGUGAGCUGUCAGAGAUUGUUCGACUCCGCAUAUCCCACAGCGAUGACCCAAUUCAAACGAUUGUUGAUCUCCUACAUACUCAACUGGGGAGAGUAGGAAGACCGCCAUCAAGCCCUGACAAAGAAGUGCCUUACCUUUCGUUGACUACUUCCACUUUUGGAAUCUGGUUCCGUGCAAUUUUCGAAGAGCUGGUAUCCUCAUGGGAAGAACUCUGCUCUGAGCUGCUUGUGCACUACCGAUCAAACACGUCGUCUACAAGACAGGUAGGCUCAAUUUCUUUGAUUAUAUUUGUCACGUAA